CAUCACAAUGGUAUAUUUGUAAUAAGAUAUUUGUAAUCUUGUUUGUGCGGAGCUGCAAAAUGGCGACCCCCAGAAAUGUAACCCCUCUGGUUGCUCGAAUUAGGGAUUUGUUCCUUCAACGGAAAUACAACAACUCACUUCGUUUUGAGGGAGUCAAUUCUUCGAAAAGGACACAGCCCCCUCCGGACGUGCCUGACGGGCCCUCUCAUAAGUUGUCUGCCAACUACUACUUCACCCGGGAUGGUAGGAACGAGAUGAUGCCCCCAAAGAAGGUGUAUGAUGCCAACCAGCAACUCCUGACAGAAGGAUCGUCAGGAGAGAAGGCUGUGUCCUCAGGCAAGGCUCCAGUACGUGCAGGGUUUGGAUAUGACUGGGACACUGGUCGAGCACAGUUUUGAAUGACAUUCUUGUGUUCCUACAUUCAUAAGGGUUCUGCAAGCAGGAACUUCUGAAAUUAGUUACACAAGAUCAUGGAUGAAUGCUUGUAUAUACAUUAGAUAUUAUGGGAUGUUUAUUGAAUAAAGAGUGUUAGAAACUUC